CAAGCGACGCUACUCUGCGCGUGCGCAUUCCCUCCUGUGGGGGGCGUUGCUCGCUCUGCGCGUGCGCCGCGGCGCGGCUGUCCUCUCGCACGCCUGGUCCUGCUGCCGGGCCUCGCAGGUGCCGGCCAUGAACGCGGCGCAGGGCACGGUGGGCGGCGACCCGGUGAUCCUGGCGACGGCUGGCUACGACCACACGGUCCGGUUCUGGCAGGCGCACAGCGGCAUCUGCACCCGGACCGUCCAGCACCAGGACUCUCAAGUAAAUGCUCUGGAGAUCACCCCAGACCGCAGCAUGAUUGCUGCUGCAGGUUACCAGCACAUUCGAAUGUAUGAUCUGAACUCUAAUAACCCCAACCCUGUCAUUAAUUAUGAUGGCGUAAGUAAGAACAUUACUUCUGUUGGAUUCCACGAAGAUGGUCGUUGGAUGUACACGGGAGGAGAAGACUGUAUGGCUAGGAUAUGGGACCUGAGAUCACGUAACCUUCAGUGCCAACGCAUUUUCCAAGUGAAUGCUCCUAUUAAUUGUGUCUGCUUGCAUCCCAACCAGGCUGAGCUAAUUGUAGGUGAUCAGAGUGGUGCCAUUCAUAUCUGGGACCUGAAAACAGACCACAAUGAACAACUGAUUCCAGAGCCUGAAGUUUCUGUCAAUUCAGUUCAUAUUGACCCAGAUGCCAGUUACAUGGCAGCUGUCAAUAGUUCGGGCAAUUGUUAUGUUUGGAAUUUAACAGGUGGCAUUGGAGAGGAGGUAACUCAGCUAAUCCCCAAGACCAAAAUUCCAGCACACAACCGCUAUGCCCUUCAGUGCAAGUUCAGCCCUGAUUCCACGCUCUUAGCUACCUGUUCUGCAGACCAGACAUGCAAGAUCUGGAGAACUUCAAACUUCUCUCUAAUGACAGAGCUAAGCAUUAAGAGUAACAACCCUGGAGAAACCUCCCGUGGCUGGAUGUGGGACUGCGCAUUUUCUGGGGACUCUCAGUAUAUUGUCACCGCCUCCUCAGAUAACUUGGCCAGGCUUUGGUGUGUUGAGACUGGUGAGAUCAAGAGGGAAUAUAGUGGCCACCAGAAAGCAGUCGUCUGCCUCGCUUUCAACGAUAGCGUGUUGGGAUAACGUGCACGUGUUGAAGAGAAGGGACCUCUGCUCAUUCAGUUGUCUUCUCGUGACAAGUAUCCUAGUGAGAGUAUGCGUAACAUACACUUGUAACCAACCCCCCUUUCUGAUAGGAGAUGGCUGAAUCUUCAGCAGAAGCAACCUUCAGCUUUAAGCAAAGCAAAACUGAAGUAAUCUUAAAUGGAGAGGGGUCCUGGGUGGCUCAGGUGGGUGGGAGUGGGACACAGCACCUUUCACCUCCACUUUGCCUGUUCACAUCCAGCUCAGGUAGUUAGCAGCUGGAAGUGGUUCUGUGCAGAUGGGUGUUCGGGGCUGGUGUGCAUAGUCCAAAUCCUAGUGGAUGCACAACCAAAGCACAAACAUCCAUCACAUUUGGCACUAAGUGGUCUCCUUGUUCAAUUUCAGCAGCAAGGCAAAGGACGGAAUGGGCCCUGGAGACUGAAUUCCUCUUACUGCUAUAGAGCAUCCCUGCAGCUCAGGGUUGAGGCAGGUUGUGAGGGAAGCUGGCCCUGCAGUGCCUUUGAGGACAGAGAGAGGCCUUCACUCUCCAGGGCUGUUGGUCAGUCAGCAGCAUGACAUCUCCCAUUACUGUUUCAAAAUGAAAUGGAAGCAGCUGGAGAUUGCCCUUGUGACACUGCAUCGUGUUCAAGUCAAAGAGGACCAGUAAACAUCAUCUGGCAGCUUUUAUUUGAUUUUUACAUCAUGGUUGGGGGGAAGGAGGCACUGUCUUGAAUGGAGACUUCUGCAGUAUUGAAUAAGCCCUCCUGCUGUUGGGGCUGUAUACAAAUUUUCUAUUGGUUGUAGCAGUGCUACCCCUGAUGGAUGUCUGCUCUUAAAGGAUCCUUCCUUCCUUCAGAUAGGUGGUUUGGAACUUGCCGUGGAGUGACUAGAGCAGGGUUAGAGGAGAGAGAGGAAAAAAAUAAAGGAGCUUUGGGUAGGCACUGCUUUGUAGGUGCCUGAUAGUUGAAUGCACCAAAUACCCUAAAUAAUGGACUCAGCCUUGGAUGCCUGGUUUUUUGUUAGAAUAAAACAUUGCAUGUAAUGUUUCCUUAGAGUAAAAGGAAACUGCCCCCUUUUCCUCACCCCAGCACUUCUCCCUGGGAACAGACUGGCACUAUAGUUGAAUAGAGAGCGCAACCCCUUUCAGUGUAGGGAAGGUGGAGGCAGUACAGCUCAAGCGAGCCCCUGUUCUGCCGGUGCAGCGAAAGCCUUUGGAAGUUCCUCUAUGCAGAGGGGAAGAAGCCAGCAGCCUCUGGCGGGUGGAAGCUGAAAUGAAUCAUUUUGAAAGAGGAGCAACAACCACUUCCUCAUUUUGGAGUCACUUUAUUUAAAUCAAUUGCACAGUCUUAGCAGGGGAAUUUUAGACAAUCAAUUUUAACUGAUUCAAAAAAAAUUUUUUUUUGUUGAACACUAGUACAUGCAGCCCCGAGCCUAGCCUGUCCCCUCCCUACGUGAUGUAAUUACUCUACAUGCGUGUCUACAGGUCACUGCCCAGGCAUAGGGAUGUAAAUAAAGUGUAUAUAUAUUGCAACAUG